AUGGCCGCGCGCGCGCUCGCGCCCGCCGUAUAUCGCGACCCGGCUGCUCCUAAAUCAGUCAUCCGGCAAGGCGCGCCAGAUACCAUCUGCUCGGCUCGCCAGCGCCGCAUAACCCGCGGACCGCCCGCCCCGCCCCGCCACGCCCUCCCUGCAGACACCUGCGACGCGCCCUCUCCGCUCCUGCCGACCGGUUCGCAGGAGGCGCGGCGGUGUCACGAGUGGCUCUGCCCAGUUGCUGCCGCAGCUGCUACCGUGUCCUCAGCUGGAGACCCACCAGCCGUGACGCUGAGCCGCUGUCCAGCAUCAGUCGGGAGCAGAAGGAAGACGCGUGUCGCGCCGCAGACACCGUCGCCGGCGGCGCUGCCUUACAGCGAGAGCGCGCUCCUGCACGAGGUCUGUGUAUUCGGCAGCGAAGACCGAUGCCAGCGCUGGGUCGCUUUGCGAGGCGGCCCGGCCGGCUAUCUGUGUGCUCAUCGGCGUGCGUCACGGCGGGAGAUAGCAUCUGCUGAUGGCAUCUGGCGCGCCGCUAGCCGCUACGGCCGUGGACCCUCCGCUACGGAGCUGGAGCCUCCAGCAGCUGGAGACGCAGCCCCGCCGCCCUAUACAAACAGCUUGGAGCUCGAACCAGCCGCCAGCGGCUGGUGUAAAGGGCCAGAGGCGUCUGUGACAGGAAGUGAGCUCCGCACGCAGCCGCCGAGCGGCUGUCGGCGGCAGGUUACGCCCCCGCACAGCGCAGGCCGCGCGCGUAUCCGGGUGUGGCUGGCCCGCCUCCAGGCACGGCGCCCGCCGCCGUCAGCCGCCGCCGCCGCCGCCGCCGCCCCCUGUGUCCGCGUGAGGCGCGUGCGCCGCCUGCCAAGGGCGGCCCUUGCGCUGCCAGCGGCCGCCGACCCAGUGUCGAACCCGGACCACCGGGAGACGGCAGAGGACGGGCUCGCCGCCGCCACCGCCUCCGCCGCCGCCCCCGCGGCCCGGCCCGGCCUGCAGAGAUAG